AUGAAAAUUGAUCGAUCGAAACUAAAAAAAUAUCUACCGGAACCACCGGCUGAUUGUAAAUUAUUUAUUGAUAAAUUAAAAAGUUGUGAUCGGAAAGAACUUCAUGACCUAUUAAAACCAAUAACUAUUUGGCAUAUUGGAAAAUGUGAACUAUAUCAUUGGAUUGAUGCAUUGGAUUUAUUUGAUUCGAUUCUCGAAGAAGCAUGUAUAAAAACGGGCACAUGGAUGCUUAACUGUGACAAACCAGAAAAUGGAGAGUUAAAAAUGUUAGUACUUGAUAUUCUUCAUUUUACUGCAUUAUUAAUUGAACAUUCAUAUUCUCGUCAUUUAUAUAAUUCAAUCGAAUAUUUAAUUAUGUUAUUACAAUCAUCUGAUGUACAUAUUGUACUUGGUGUUCUAUCACUUCUAUAUGUAUUCAGUAAACGUUCUAAUUUUAUAACAAGACUUCAAAUUGAUAAAAAACAAGCAUUAAUUGGUCGACUUAUUUUCUUAGCUGAAACUUGGGGUGGACGAGAGAAUGGUUUCGAUUUAGCUCGUUGUUGUAGUGUUCGAAAUCCAUCAGAUUUUCCUGAACAUGCAACAAAUCUACAUUUUGCAUAUACAGUACCAACAGAAUCAACAUCAAGUAGUGGACCAACAUUGCAAAUUUCGAAACAAAUCGAUAUUCCAAAUGUUCAUUUAGCUGGAAUUAAUGCUGCUGCUGUAAUGGAAAUAGUUCUUGCUGAACAUCCAUUACCAGAAGAUAAACAAAUAAAAUUAUUUACACAUCUUCGUUUAGCUUAUGCAUUUCCAUCAUUUGAUCAACGUUUAUUAUGUAUUCAAGCACGAUUACAAGCAUUAUCUAUUCUCAUUUAUUCAUCAGGAAUGCAAGAAGCGAAUAAUGUAUUAUAUGAUGGUUUGAUUGAAGAACUUGUUGAAGUAUUGAAUGUUCGUGACCCAACAUUAACAGAUAUAAAAGCUUCAGCCUUAAAAACUUUAACAUCAAUAAUUCAUCUUGAACGAACAACAAAACAUCCACCACGUUUACAAGAAAUAAUUGAAACAACACAAGCAAAUUCGUAUCAUGGAUUUUUACCAGCACUUGUACGACAAUGUAUUGAUAAAUUAACUGAUGAUAGUAAUGAACGAUUUCCUCAAUCAUUAUCAACAGCCUUAUUUUCAUUUCUUUAUCAUUUGGCGUCGUACGAAACAGGUGGUGAUGCAUUAGUUAAUUGUGGUAUAAUGCAAUCAUUAAUUAAAGUUGUUAAUUAUUAUGAUGAAUCUCAAGAUUUUAUUAUGUUUGUUACGCGUGCUGUUCGUGUUAUUGAUUUAAUCACUUCGUUAGAUAUAACCUCAUUUCAAACAAAUAAUGGUUUACAAGCAUUUAUCAAUCGUUUAGAACAUGAAAUAACACAAUGUCGCAAACAACAACCAUUUAUAAUUCGUAUACCAAAACGUACACAAGGAACACCAACAAUAAAUCUCGAUACACAUCCACCGUUAUCACCAAGUGCACGAUCUGAUAUAUCUGGUGAACAUCCAACAUUAACAGCAACAACACCAAGUCAUUUAUCAAAAGAUAUGGAUACAAGUGAACUGUUAGAUGAAAAUCAUGAAUUAAUGCCAAAUAGUCCAAUACCUGGUUUAACAUGUUAUCAUCAACGUGCUGCAUUACUUAAAUCAAUAUUAAAUUAUUUAAAACGAGCUUUUACUGAACCAACAAUGGCUGAUACAACACGUCAUAUAAUGGAUGGUUCAUUACCAAAUUCAUUAAAACAUAUAAUAAGUAAUGCUGAAUAUUAUGGACCAUCAUUAUUUCAUUUAGCAACUGAUGUUGUUACAUCAUUUAUAUUUCAAGAACCAUCACAAUUAUCAUCAUUGCAAGAUAAUGGUUUAACUGACGUAUUAAUGCAUGCACUUUUAAAAAAAGAUGUACCAGCUGCACGUGAUGUUUUAGCAUCAUUACCAAAUAUAUUUAGUGCAUUAUGUUUAAAUACGCGUGGUUUAGAAAAUUUUAUGGAAUAUAAACCAUUUGAUAAAUUAUUUUGUGUUUUAUUAUCACCAGAAUAUUUACCAGCUAUGAGACGACGACGCGGUAAUGAUACACUUUAUGGUACAGCAUCAAGUCUUGGUAAUGCUGUUGAUGAAUUAAUGAGACAUCAAGUUAGUUUACGUACAGAAGCUAUGAAAUCUAUAAUUAAAUUACUUGAACAACUUGUCGAAUUAGGAAAUAAUCCUAAAUAUUGUUGUCAAAAACCACAUUCAUCAUCAUCAUCAACAACAACAACAAAAUUAACAGAUACAAUACGUACACAACAUCGUACUGUACGUACAACAAAUACAACAAAUACAAAUACAGGUGGAAAUGAUAGAAAUUCAUCUGAUGAUGAAUAUGAUGAUGAUGAAGCCACAAAUGAUGAAGCACCAUUAGCUAAUCGAUCUGUACAAUCACAAUCAACACAACCAUUAACAACUACAUCUACAACAACAACAACUGAAGCAACAACAAAUAUUCCAAUAGUACUUAAUCAAACAUUAUUAAGUGAAAACAAAUCUGAAGAUGAAACUGUUCCAAUAGCUGUACCAUUACUUGAUUAUAUAACAAAUAUAAUGCGUUUUGUUGAAGGUGUUAUUAGUAAUAAUACAACUGAUGAUCAUGGAAAAGAAUUUGUUAAAUUAGGUGGUUUAAAACCUUUACUUGAUAUUUUACAAAUGAAAAAUUUACCUAUUGAUUUUCCAUCAAGUCCAGCUUGUCAAUGUGUUGCGGCACUUUGUAAAUCAACACUUACUCUUUUAGUGAAAGAUAAUAAAUUAAUUGAAAUGGUUAUAACAAAUCUUGAUACAAUAUUAAAUUCUUUAACAGAUUUUUAUUCAAAUCGUACAUAUGAUGGUUCAUUAUUAAUAGAAGAAUUAGCACGUGCUGUAUCAUCAACAACAACCGUAUCAAUUGAUCCAAUGGAUGCUAUUAAUCAAUCAUCAUUAACACCUAUACUUCAUCAAUUAUCAAUUGUUCAUUCUCAUAUAUCAUUAUUAAUAUCAUUAUGUAAAAUAACACAAAAUGAAGUGCGCAGUAUAUUAAUUAGUUUUUGGGGUGCUGAAACUGGUAUACGUGUAUUAAAAAAUUUAAAUAAAUUAUGUUUAACAUUAAUAUGGGAAAGUUCAAUAUUAUUAUCAUUAUGUUCAUCAGAUACAAAUAUAAUUGAUCAACAAUUUAAUAAAAAUGAUUUAUUAAAAUUAUUUCCAUUAAUAAAUGAUUUAACAAAUACAAUAUCGCCAUUACAAAAUGUUUCAACACAAUUAAAUGAUUUAACAACAAAUGAAAUGACACGUACAUUUGAUAUUGAUGAAAUUAUGUCAAUGGAUACAACUGAUUUUACUAAAUUAAAAUUAAAAUUAUCAUUUAAUAUACAACAACGUAUUAAAACAAUUAAACCAUUAUUAUGUGUUUCAUCAAAACUUGGCAGAGCAUUAAGUGAACUUUAUAAUUUACUUGUUAAACAAUGUUCAACAUCACAAUUAAGACAUGCAAGACGUUUUAAUCAACCACCAACACCAUAUAUACCAACAGCAGCUGCAAAACUUGUUGCAUCAACAUUAACUGAAGUAUUACGUGAUGGGUAUUUAUUUAAUUUACCAGGAAAUGUUAAUCUAACAGAAAGUCAAAUUGAAAAAUUUCGUCUAACAUUUUUUGUUUGUACAAUUGGUUUUGCUACUCCAAUGUUAUUUGAUGAACGUCGUCGUCCUUAUAUGUUAAUGUUACAACAAUUUGAAUUAUCUAAAGCUCAAGAUGCACUUUUUUCUUCACUUGAAUGGACACUUGAUUUAAUUAAUCGUCAAUCAUUAAUAACCGAUGAUCAACAAGCAUCAACACAAAUAAAUAAUACAUAUGAUGCAUCGCCAACAGAAUUUCUUAAUUCAGCAUUAAUGCUUAUAUUACGUUUAGUUAAUGUUAAAUCCAUACUUGAAUCUCCACAUUCAAUACCUAAAAAACCACAAACAGAACGUAGUUAUUUUAUUCCCUUUAAUCCAUUACAUUAUUUAGCAUUAACACAUAAAUGUGCAUUUCAUAUAUUAACAAAUUCCUGUUCGGUUCUAUGGGAUAAACCAUAUUUAUUAAAAGAUCAUGCAACAAAAAUAAUCGAUAGCAUAUUAUCAAUAUUUUGUCAUAUAUUACGUGGUGAAUCACAAAUACAAAAAAAAUUACAAGAAGAAGAACAACAACAACAACAACAGCAACAACAACAACAACAACAACAACAACAGCAACAACAACAACAACAACAACAAAAUUCAACAACAAUUACAUCAGCAACAUCAUCAUCAACAGUCCCAACAAAUGAUACAACACAACAACAAUCAAAUACUGAUAAUGAUUUACCGGGUUCAUCAGCAUUAAUACCAAAUGCAUCAACACAAUUGAAUGAAGAUCUUAUACAAUCUAUAACAAUGAUGGGUUUUUCACGUGAACAUGCUAUUGAAGGUUUAUUACAAACAAAUAAUAAUCUUGAAUUAGCUGUUGAUUAUUGUGUUAAUCAUCCACAAGCUGUUAUAACACCACAAACACAAACAAAUCUUCCUGAUAUGGAUGCUGACAUGGCACGUGCUUUAUUAUUAUCAUUAGGACAAGAUGUUGAUGAAACAUCAUUAGCUAAUCCAAUAGCUGCAUUAGCUGCAUUAUCAAGAGAUAAUAAUAAUAUAAAUGAAAUAACUUCAACAUUAUCUUCCAAUUUACCAACAACAAUACCACCAUCACAACCACCACUACCAACAACAACAAAUACAGAUACAACAAUACAAAAUCAAACAUUAGUUGAAAAUUUAAAUCAACAAAAAUCUUUACCUAUUAUUGAAUCAUUAUCAAAAGAAUCUGUUGAUCGUUUUACUGAUUCAAUUAUGUUAAAAAUACUUGAUAUAUUACCUGAUACUGUUUAUAAAAUGUGUGAACUUGUUGUAACAACAAUGCAUCGUAAUGGUAUAAUAUGGCGUGAUCAUUUUCUUGAAAUAAUAGCAAAUGAUAUAAAAACAAGUUAUUUAUAUUUAAUUGAUUUAUUAGAUAAAAAUUAUUUAAAUCAACAAAAUGAUGAACAAUCAAUAUUAAUAUUUUUAAAUGAUCAUCAAAAUUCUGUUUUAUUUAGUCGAACAUUAUUAAUGUCAUUAUUAUUUGAAGAAAUGCCAUUUCCAUGUGCACGUAUAGCUGAAAAAUUUUCAUUAAUUAAUUAUUUUUGUAUAUUAGUACAUCGUACAACAGAUUAUUUAAUUAAAUUUAAUGAAAAAAAGACUCCAACAUGGUUAUCACCUGUAUUUAUAUUUAUUGAUUUAUAUGAAAAAGUAUCAUUAGCAUCAAAACGUCGUUCAAUUAUAAAUCAAAAUUAUCGUAAUUAUAAUCGUGUAUGGCAAUGGUUUGAUGAACGUGCUGUUAAAUGGAAUAAUUAUCCAUUAGCACAAAAUAAACAAAUUGAUGAUGCAUAUGCUAAUGGUGAACCAUCAUGUAAAAUCGUUAUACAACGACGAAAUUAUAUUAUACAAUUUAAUACAAUGUUACAAACAAAUGAAGAUACACAUAAUAAACGACCUAUUAUGCUUACUUUUUCAAAACCAACAAUUAAAACAAAUACAGAUGGUUCAACACAAAUACCACCACCACCACCACCAACAUCAUCAUCAUCAAGAAUAUUUUCGGCAUCGGAUACAAGUGAUGAUGACGACGAUGAUGAUGAUGAUGACGAUGAUGAACAACAUGGACAAAGUGUUGCAAUUAAUUCAAAUGAUACAAAAAUGGAUACAGAACAACAAACACCACAACAACAAACACCAGAACAACAAAACGAAACAACAACAAUAUCAGUUAUUGAAUCAUUAGCUGAUGAUCAUGCAUUAUUAUUAACAACUGAUUGUGUUUAUUUAAUACGUAUGCCUGUUGAUCCUGAUGCUAUACAUGCAUUAUUACGUCUUAUAUUACGUUUAACACGUGAUUAUAAAUAUGCACGACAAUUUGCUCAAUCAGGUGGUAUACAAGCUAUAUUAAGUUUAACACAAGCAUCAUCAUUUCAAGGUUGUGCAUCAUUAAUAACAUUAAUAUUUCGUCAUAUUAUGGAAGAUGAUAGUAAUUUACGUUUAGCUAUGGAAAAAGCUAUACGACAAGCAUUAACUGGUAAUCAUGGUGUAUCAAUUGGUGUACAACCAGCAUGUCCAGGUUCACAUGAACUUAAUGUUAUUUUACGUAUACUUGGUCCAGCUAUGACACGUGCACCUGAUAUAUUUUUAGAUGUUGCAUCAAAUGUUUUACAAUUAUUACCACCAUCAGCUAGUCGUUUAGCUGGUUCAUUAAGUCGUUUUACAAAUCCAUUUUUAACUGAUGAUGAUCAUCAUACACAAACAAAUUUACCAAUGGGUCCAUUAAUAUUACAAGCACGACCAGCAACAAGUCAAACAACAACAUCCGAACAAAAUUCACAAAUACGUACAACACGACCAAUACCAACAACAAUAACAACAACAACAACAACAACAACAACAAAUGAUACAGUUGGAGAAUUAGCUGAACGUUUAUUAGUUGAUUUACUUGAUUUUCUUUUAACAAAUGAUGAUAAUAAUAAUAAUAAUAAUAAUAAUAAUUCAAAACGUUUACUAUCAAAAUCAACUGUUUUACGUAUAUUAGCUGAAUUAAUACGUUCAUAUGCUAAUGUUGCUAAACUUGUAUCAACAAAAACAUUUCAAUUACAAGAUAAUCAAACAUGUUCAGCAUUAUCAUAUAUACUUGAUUAUUUAUUACCCGGUACAAAUAAUCAACAUAUUGAUUAUGAUAAAGAUAUACCAGCAUUAUGUCGUUUAUUUCUUGUUGCUAUGGCAGCAUGUAAUCAUUGUUUAGAAUCACAAAUGAAUUUAGUUAAUGAAGUUAAAAUGUCAUUAAAUAAAAUUUUAAUUUUACCUGAAUGUGAUGAAAAACAUAUGAGAUUACAAGCAUUAGCUAAUAUAAUUAAUACAAUGAUUGAAUCAUGUCCAGCACCAAAUACAUCAGCACCACAACAAGGACAACAUCGAAUGUCACAAUCAAUUAUAAAUAAUAUGAUUAAAAUUAUGUAUAAACGUGGUUUAAUUAAUGAUUUAGCUAAAAUGAUUCAUAGUAUUGAAUUAUCAAGUUCAAAAUUAGCUGAUACAGUUAAUGCUGUACUUAAACCUAUGGAAACAUUAUCACGUGCUAUUAAUUAUGCAACAUCAUUACAUGUACAAAGUGGUACACGUCCACAUACAACAAGACAUCCAACAACAACAAAUACAAAUCAAACAGAUACUUCAACUACUUUGCCACCAUCAUCAUCAUCAACAACAACAGAUUCAACAGUACCUAUUCAAGAACAAACAACAAUAAGAAAUGAUGAACAACCAACAAUAAUAACAACAACAACAACAACAACAGUUGAUUCAUCUCGAACUACUGAACAACAACAACAAACAUCAACUGAUUCAACACUUGUAUCUCUACAAGAUGAUAAUCGUUCAUCAAUUGAUAAUACAAAUAUAAAUAAUAAUAAUACAUCACUUAAUUCAGCUAAUCAAGUUCAAUUAAGUAUUAGUCAAGAAGAAUUAUUAAAUGCAACAGAUAUGGAACCUGUAGCUGGUUUACCACAAGAUGUUGAUAUAUUUGAAAGAAAUAUUCAUGGUACAGCUAGACUUUCAACUGAUGAAGACGAUGAUGAUGAAGAUGACGAAGAAGUUAGUAUUGAAGACGAUGAUGAUGAAGAUGAAAAUGGUCCUGUUGGAACAAUUAAUGUUGAAUUUGAUGUUGCACAUCCUCUUGAUGAUACACAUGAACAUGCAUCAAGUUCAAGUUCAACAACAACAAGUGCUGAUCAAGAUGAAGAUGACGCAGAAGAAACUGAUAGUCCUGAUGAAGAUAUAGAUAUGGAAAGUGCCAAUGGAAAUGAUCGUGAACCACAGCAUCGUUAUAGUGAUGAUGAUGAAGACAUUACAAGUGAAGAAGAAGUUGAUGUUCGUUUAACAGGUCCAACAUCAUCAGGUGAACAACAUGAUGAUGAACAUGAUGAUGAUCUUGAUGAAGAUAGUGAUAAUAGUGAUAGUGAUGAAACUCAUACAGGUGAUGAAUUAGAUGAAACUGAAGGUCCUACAAUUGAUAUACAUAUUGAAACAGCAUCAAGUCCAUCAACAGAUGAAAAUUUAACAAGUAAUAAUGAAAGAACUGGUCAAACAAAUGAAACAAGUGAUAAUAUUACUGAUGAUACAGCAACUAAUAAUAAUAAUAAUAAUCAAGAAGAUGACGAAGAUGAAGAUGAAGAAGAAGAAGAAGAUGAAGAAGAACAAGAUGAAGAUGAAGAUGAUUUUGCUGAGGAUGAUGAUGCUGCUGCUGAAGAUAUUGAAGAUAUGGUUGAACGCGAUAUGGAUGCAGCUAAUGCAUGGCAAGAUGAUGAUGAAGAAGAUGAAGAUGAAGAUGAUGAAGAUGAAAGUACAGAAUUUGAAGAUGAUGAUGGUGAUAUAGCUGACUAUGUCACUGAAAUGGAACUUGAUGAAGAAGUUCUUUCAGAAAUUCGUAAUAAUCUUAUGUCACCAACUGAUAUUGAUCCCAUUUUAAUAUCUAAUCUUCAAGGUGUUCGAAUUCGUGCAAGUGGUUAUCCAUCAUUUCAUGGCAUCAAUGAUACAGUUGAUCCAGCUCUUCCACCACCACCAAUCAGUGUUCCUGCUUUGCAUCCAUUACUUGUUCAUCAUGCUGAUAAUCAGCUAAGUUCGGGUGCUUUUUCACGUUUUCGUCAAUUAGGUACAACAACAACAACAACGACAGCACCGAAUCAAGCAAAUAUAAAUGUUUUAUCAACACAAGCAAAUCCUGUAACAACAUUAACAUUUGGUCAACAAAAUGGACCAACAAUGCUUACUGGACAAACAGCAUUAACUGUACAACAACAAAUUAAUCAACAAGCACAACGAAAUCGUACAACUCGAACAUUAUUUAUUCCAGGUGGUACAACAACAUUUGGUCGUGCAGCAGCUGGUGGCUUUGCUGAAUAUCUUCAACAUGCUAAUCAACUUGAUGUUGAUCCAUUAACUGGUUCAACAUUAACAAAUAAUGGUAAUCUACAAGGUACAGCAACAGCACGUAUACUUGUUGGUAAUAGUGCUGAUUCUGAUGCAUUACGAUUUUUACAUGAUCAAAUGUUAAUGGAUAUAGCACCACAAGCUAAUGAAGGAAAUGAAAAUAUCGAUGGUACAAAAAUUUAUAUGAUACGUACACCAUUAGCACGUUGGAUUGAAGAAAGUAUUGUACUUGAUGGACCAUAUGUCCAUGAUACUGUUCUAGCAUUAAAAUCUAAAAUAACUGAACCAUUAGAAAAACAAUAUGAAUCAGAAUUACAAGUUGUUUUAGCUAAAAAAACUAAAGAUGAUGAAGAACGUAAAAAACGUUCAGAUGAAAAAGCACGACAAGAUGCUGAACGUGUACAAGCAGCAACUGCUGCUGUAGCUUCAUCUAAUACUGUAACAACAUCAACUACGACAACUGAUCAACAACCAACAGAAAAUACAACAACAGCUACUAAUGAACCACUUAUAUCAGUAACAUCAUUUAAUGAUGAUAUUCAUCUUCGUCAAGAAGAAACAUUACUUUCACCACAGUUACAACGUUCUGCACAAUUGCAUGCAGCUGCCGCCGCCGCUGCUGCUGCUGCUGCUUCAACUAGUCAAGAUAUGAGUACAACUCCUAUACGUUCAACUAACGAUGAAUCAACACCAAUGAAUUUACAACCAGGUGGAACAGUGUCAUUAGUCACUAGUGAUGCUGGUACAAGUCCAUUAGCAAAUGAAAAUAUGUCUACUGGUGGCCAAUCACCAGGUCAAUUAGCAACAUCACCUACAACAUCAAUGGAAAUCAAUCAUCCAUCACCAAUAAGAGAAAUUUCAACUGAACAACAACAACAGCAAGAACAACAAGUCACUAUUGAACCAGAAACAACACCAACGACAACAACUGAACAAGUUUCUUCAUCAACUACAACUGAACAAUCAGCUACUGCUGCUUCUGCUUCUUCAGUAACAACAGCACCACCAGUUGAACCUGAAGUUGAAUGGACAACAUUAGUUAUUGAUGGUCGUGAAUUUCGUGUACCAAAAGCAUUAGAAAUCGAUCCAUCAUUUUUAGCUGCCUUACCUGAAGAAAUGCGACAAGAAAUUUUAACUGAUCAAGUACGAAAUUUUGAACGUGAAGAAAAUCAACGACGUGCACAACGUGCUGCUGCUUAUGCUGCAGCUAAUCCAACAGCAAAUUUAAAUCCUCAAACAAUUGAUGGUAUUACUAAUGAAAAUUUUUCAUCACGUACAAAUCAAACAACAAGUGAAGCUGUUAUUGGUGAAAUGCUUGGUGAAAUUAAUCCAGAAUUUAUUUCAGCACUACCACCAGAAAUACGUGAAGAAUUAUUAGCUGAACGUCGUCGUACAGCAGCUACAAUGGCUGCUAUGAAUGGUGUUAAUUUACCUGAUAGUGGUCCAGCAGAAUUUUUACGUACAUUACAACCCCAUUUACGUCAACAAGUUCUUGCCGAUAUGGAUGAAAGUCAAAUAGGUGCUUUACCAGAAGAUAUAGCUAAUGAAGCACGUGCAUUACGUGCUGCUAUGGAAACUCAACAACAACAAUAUUUACGUGAACGUAUGGUACGUAAUCAUCAUGAUAUGAUGAAUAUGUUAACCAAUAAUACACAUCAUAGUACACGUCCAAUACGUAUGUAUAAUUUUCGUGCGUUACAAGAAGCCCGUAAUAAUCGUACAGAUAGACAACCAACAAAUUGGUAUUCAUUACGUACAGGUGCAAAUACAGGUGAUUUAAAUAGUAAUACAUCAACAAUAGGUUCACGUGGUCGACAAUUACUUGAUUAUGAAUCAAUAUGUUGUUUAUUAAUAUUGUUAUUUAUUGAUGAUCCACGUUUAAAUUUUGCACGUUUACAAAAAGUUUUAAAAAACUUAUGUCAUCAUACACAAACACGACAAUGGAUAAUAAAAGCAUUAUUAUCAAUUGUAAAUAAAAGUACAGGACGUACUGAAUAUGAUGGACCAUUAACAUCAACACCGGGUGCACCAACACUUAUAUUAAAAAAUCCAGCAAUUAAUAAUCAAACACAAACACAAACAACAAUAAAUACUACUAAUAAUGGAAAUGAUAUUCAACAAAUAAAAAAUAUUAAUCCAUCAUGGUUAACAAUUAAUUUUGAAAGUGCAUUUGGUGCACGUACAAAUGUUUUUAAAAUUCAACGUCUUGGUCAUACAAAACGACAUGGUUCAAUACAAAUAUCUGUUCAUGCACAAGCAUGUCCAAUUGUUUGUCGACAAGUACUUGAAUCAUUAAUAAUAUUGGCUAAAACUUUUCCCGAACAAUUUCUUCCAUUGCCAUUAAAUAAUAAUAAUGAACAACAACAACAACAGCCAGCAAUAUUAUCAACAAAUGAACAAACAAAUAAAAAUACAUCACCUGAUAAACAAUUAGUAGCAACACCAUCAAAAACUUCUCCAAAUAUACGUGAUUUAUCAUUUUGGGAAUUAAUUCUUAAAUUAGAUCAAUCAUUUAAUAAUCGUUCAAAUCGUUCGUCAACUAAUCCAUUACAAAAUAUAUCAUCUAUUGUUAUUACAAAUACAACAACAACUAAUACUGCUACGAAUACGAAUAUUACUGCUACUAUUAAUAAUAAUAAUAAUCAACGAACAACAUUAACAUUAAAUAUUAAUAAUAAUGAAAUUGAUUUUGAAUCAUCACCAUUAGCUGCAUUAUUACUUAUGCUUGAUCAUCCAAUAUUGAAUAAAAAUAAUCAAUUAAUGGAUAAAUUAUUUAAAUUACUUUCAAUUAUAUCACAAAGUUUUCAAAUACAUAUUAUUACAAAAAAAGAAAUUUCACCAUUACCAUUAGCUACAUCAACACCAAUGACAACUGAACCACCAAAUCAAACAACAACCACAGCAACAGCAACAGCAGCAGCAGCAGCAGCAGCAGCAGCAGCUGCAGUAGCAGCAACAACAAAUACAGCAAAUGCAAUUCAAGAACCAACAAAUAAUCAAGCUUUGACAACAAAUACAAAUAAUAAAUUAGUUGUAUCUGAUGAUCAAGUUGUUUUAGGUACCCAAUUAGAUUUAGUUAUUAAAGCUUUAAUAUCAAAAUCAUGUACAGAAGAUGGUCUUGAAUUUGCAACUAUACUUUUAUUAAAUAUAUCGAAAAUUAAUCAAGCUACAAGAGAUAAAGUUUUACAUUUAUUACUUAAUGGUAUUCGUUUAUUAGGCAAAGAUGUUAGCGAAGAAAUUAAACAAUUACAUUGGGAAGUUCAAGAUUAUUUAUCAAAAAAUAAAUCCACAACAACAACAGGUAAUGAUGAUGAAUCAUCGAAUAUAGCAAUAGAUGAAUCUGCUAAAUUAUUCGAUUCAUAUAAAACUGUACGUUCAAAUACAUUAACAUCAACAAAUGUUGAUCCAAAUGCAAAACAACAAGAUUUACAAUUACCAGCUAUGGUUAUGUUAACAUCUAAAACUGCUAAUCAACAAUUUUUAUUACGUAUUCUUAAAGUUAUUAUACAAUUACGUGAAGCAACUAAAAAAGAACAACUUGAUACACAAACACAUUUUGAAAAUGAACUUCAUACAUUAACACGUCGUCUUGAUACAUUACGACAAUCAUUACGUUCACAUAUACCAACUGAUAAUAAUAAUCAACAAAAUGAAAUUUUACAACCUAUUGAUGAUUUAUCAAAUCGUUUAGAACAAAUGCGUACACGUUUACAAACAAUAUUAAAUUCGAAUACAAUUGAACAACGUCAACAAUUAUUUUCUCAACGUGAAACAAUAAAUGAUAUUCAAGAUAUAUAUCGUUUAAUUCGACAACUUGAAUCAUUAAUUGAAAAUUUACAUGAACCAUCAUUAGCAACAACAACAACAACAACAACAACUAUGACAACACGUAUAAAUGAUGUUUUACAAACAAUACCACCAUUAUUUCCACAAAUAAUUGAACCAAUGGAUAUAGGACAAUAUUUACCAACACAACAAGUUAAAUUAAGUGAUUUAUUAAAUAUAAAUCAAUUAUGGGAUUCAUUAAGUGAUUGUUUAUUAUCAUUAGCUAAAUUACCUGAUCCACAUGCUGUUUUAGUACUUCAACCAGCUGUUGAAGCUUUCUUUCUUGUACAUGCUGCUGAUUUAGAUAAUGAAAAUGAUAAAACAAAUCGAAAGAAAAAAGAUCGUGAAACACGUGAAGGAUUAGCACAUUUAGAAUGUUUUGGUCCAGCACCAACAACAACAACCGAUGAACAAUCAACAGCAAUCGUAACAGAAACAACAGCAACAAAUGAUACAUCAGUACCAACACUUGUUUUACGUACAAAUAGUAUACAAUCAAUAUCAACAAAUGAUUUACCAUUAGAUGCACAAAAAUUUGUUGAAUUUGCACGUACACAUCGUACUGUAUUAAAUCAAAUUUUACGUCAAAGUACACAACAUUUAAGUGAAGGACCAUUUCAUAUAUUAACUGAUUAUACAUCAAUACUUGAUUUUGAUGUUAAAAGAAAAUAUUUUCGUCAUGAACUUGAUCGUUUAAAAGAAAAUAUACGUGGUGAAGAUUUAGCUGUACAUGUUCGACGCAAUAAUGUAUUUGAAGAUUCUUAUAGAGAAUUAAGUCGACGUUCACCGGAAGAUUGGAAACAUAGAUUUUAUAUUGUAUUUGAUGGUGAAGAAGGACAAGAUGCUGGUGGUCUUUUACGUGAAUGGUAUUCAAUAAUAGCACGUUCAAUGUUUGAUCCAAAUUAUGCUUUAUUUAUGAUUAAUCCAGGUGAUCGUGUUACAUAUAUGCCUAAUCCAUUAUCACAUUGUAAUACAAAUCAUUCACAAUAUUUUAAAUUUAUUGGACGUGUUAUAGCUAAAGCUAUAUUUGAUAAUAAAUGUAUGGAUUGUUAUUUUACACGUUCAUUUUAUAAACAUAUACUUGGUAUACCUGUACGUUAUACAGACAUGGAAUCUGUUGAUUUACAAUUUUAUAAAAAUUUAGUUAUAUUAUUAGAAAAAGAUAUACAUCAAUUAGGUUUAGAUUUAACAUUUUCAUUAGAUGCAAGUGAAUUUGGUGUUAAUAAAGUUAUUGAAUUAAUACCAAAUGGUUCAACUAUACCUGUGACAAAUGAAAAUAAACAUGAAUAUGUUCGACUUGUUUGUCAAGAAAAAAUGAUUGGUUCUAUUCGACUACAAAUUAAUGCAUUUUUAGAAGGUUUUUAUACAAUUAUACCAAAAAGUUUAAUAUCAAUAUUUAAUGAACAAGAAUUAGAAUUAUUAAUAUCUGGUUUACCAGAUAUUGAUAUUGAAGAUCUUAAAGCAAAUACAGAAUAUCAUAAAUAUAGACCAAAUUCUUUACAAGUUCAAUGGUUUUGGCGUGCAUUACGAUCACUUGAUAAAGAAGAUUUAGCAAAAUUUUUACAAUUUGUUACAGGUACAUCAAAAGUGCCAUUACAAGGUUUUGCUCAUUUAGAAGGUAUGAAUGGUGCACAAAAAUUUCAAAUACAUCGUGAUGACCGAUCAACUGAUCGUUUACCAUCAGCUCACACUUGUUUCAAUCAACUUGAUCUCCCAGCUUAUGAAAGUUAUGAUAAAUUACGUAAAAUGCUUUUAAUCGCAAUUCGUGAAUGUGCUGGAUUCGGAUUUGCUUAA